UGAGCAUGCACGAAUAUUGGUUAGAAGCGAUACAAUCCAUUACACCAUUAGUUCAGGAAAAAAACAACCUUUGUAAAAUGAAAUAGCAGCUGCCCUGGGGACCAAUUCCCUGAUUCCGCACCCAGAGCCUUGAUGUGUAACAAGCUGGGUUCCCGGGGGACCCUGCCUCCGUGCCUGGGCUCCGAGGAGGCAGCUGAGCCCUGUGGGUGGGUGUAAGGACCGUGACCCCGGUGGGCACUGCAGGCCAGGGGAGCAAGGGCACGUGGUGCUUCCAGUACCAGGCUGUGGAGUCCGUCCCAGGUCCCGACCAGGCCCCGAAGAUGCUGAGCUUUGCCACCCUGGGUCUCCGAGCCCCGCGUGCCUGGGUGGAGGGCGAGGGGGGUCAGACCAGGCAGGCAGUGGACAAUGGGAAUGAAAGGCAGCCCCGGGUGGAGGGACGCGCAGGCCCGUCAGAGAGUGGACAAACGUCAGGGCUGGGGUGCCCUGGGCCCCAGCAGGUGCUCACAGCGACGAGCUCUGGGGUCUGGCGGGAGGCAAGCCCCACAGUAACUGCGGAGGGGCCGUGCUGACCCCAGGGCGCACUCUGGCACCUGGGAAGGUCAGGGGUCAGGGAGCUCACCGAGCGUGCUGUGUGGCCCACUUCGUCCACCCACCACGAUGGGGUGCAAGGUGCCAGGCACAGGGAUCCCUGAUCCCAGGGAGGAGCAGUGCCCACCACCUCUCCCGGGGGGCACAUCACAGUGACCAGCCACACACAACCACUCUGCCCACCCACGCUGACUGCUGCAGGCCCGGGAGCUGGCCACUCAGAGGCUCCGAGGGACCCGCCCCCAGCAGGGUGGAGGCCAGGCCAGCACUGAGCACGGAUGGCCAGUGCCCUGAGCCUUGCCCCGAGCUUGGCCACCCUCACAUCCAGCAACAGAAACGGACGCCGGCCUGCCCCAGAGCCGGGAGCACGUAACCUGAAUUAGGCAUGAGGGAACGUGGCCUGGUGUGGCCAGCGACAGCUCCAAAGAGUGGGAUGGAGAACACUCUCAACAGCAGCGGCUCCAGGAGCAGCGGUCCAGGCACUGUGGGCCCCACCCCAGGGCCCCUCCACACAGUGCAGGAGGUGCUGGACGCGCUGGUCAUGUUCACCUGCGUGGGCGGCAUUGUGGGCAACGGCCUGGUGGUCUGGCUGCUGGGCUCCCGGCGGCGGAGGGGCCCGCUGGGCAUCUACCUGCUCCACCUGGCCAUGGCCGACCUCCUCUUCCUCCUCUGCUUGGCCACGCUGACCAUCCUGAGCGCCAGCUCCUGGGGGGCCCGCGUGCACCACCUGGGCCUCCGGGCGGUGAGGAGCGCCGGGUACCUGGCCUACACGGUGAGCCUGAGCCUGCUGACGGCCGCCAGUGCCCAGUCCUGCCUCCCCGGCCUCUUCCCCACCUGGUACCGGGGCCGCUGGCAUCUGCGCCUGUCAGCCGUGGUGUGCGCCGCACUCUGGCUGCUGGCCGUCCUGCUGAUCAUGCCGGCCUGGUACUUCCACGACAAGGCCGAGCGUCCCCACUCGUGGCCGGGAUCCAGGGCGGAGACCGUCUUGCACUUCGUCACCCUGAUCAGCUCCACGCCCGUCAUGGCCCUGUCCGGCAUGGCCCUCUGCAUCCAGGUGCAGAGGAGCUCACGCCCAUGGCAGCGGCCGCUCACGCGGCUCUACCUGGCCGUCCUGCUCUGCAUCUUUGUGUUCCUCGCCUGCGCCCUGCCCCUCGGCAUCUCCUGGUUCCUGCUCUACUGGCUGGACCUGCCCCAGCACGCAAAGACUGUCUUUGGCCGCCUCACCUGCCUCUCUCUGUCCGUCAGCAGCAGCACCAAACCGAUGAUCUACUUCCUGGUGAGCAGCGGGGGCCACUUGAGCCUGCGGGAGCCCCUGGGAGCCAUGCUCAGCAGGGUGCUGCAGGAGGAGCCCGAGCUGGAGGAGGGGGAUACGCCCUCCACCGACCCCAGCGACGAGGGCAGACUCCCUAAGAGGAAGGCCUGAUUCUUUACAACCUUGCUGAAGGCUGAUUGGCAAAGGCUGCCAUGCACCACCAAAAUCUGACUUCCAGAAUGAAGACGCAAGCCUGCGCAUGAGCUGCUUCUUUGCUUUAUCUGUUUCGAGGAUGUGUUAUUAGGAGUGUACGAGUUUAAGGGUGUUCUAUCCUGGGGAAUUGGAGCUUUGGUGGUAAAAUAUGCAGCUGCCCUCGUGAAUCUGAGUAGUGUUACUUCCUUACAGUCUGUCUGAUAUUAUCACAGCUCCAUCAGCUUUCUUGUCUUGCUGUUUGCAUGAUGCAUCUUCUCUUUCUGUGACUUUCAAACUUUUUGUAUCCUUAUCUGUUAAGAUGUAUUACUUGUAAACAAUUCAGAAUUGGAUGGAGUUGUAACUUUGAGAAUUAAACCCAGCACUGCAGUGA